AUGAAGGUCUUCGCCGUUCUCUCAUUCGUCUCGGUCGCCUUUGCCGGCAUCAACGUCUUUGAGGCCCGCAACUGUGCCGGCAACAACUGCAACCGUGCCAUCACCGGUACACGUGCCGGCCUCCCGGCCACGUCCCUCCGUCAGUCAGACUGCUCCAGCUUCAUGCUGACGGUCGUGACCCCAUCACCGGUCUUCUCUACCACCUGGGUUGAGGCUCCUGCCAACGGCAAGGCCAAGCGCGCUACCACCGCCGCUGUCACCGCCGCUGUCACCUCUACGCCCACCGCCCUGCCCACCUACGCUACCCAGUGCUCGUCGGCCGCUGCCUACGCGUCGGCCUGCAGCUGCUGGGGCAUCACCGCUGGCCUCUCGACCGCCGCCGUCCCCACGGUCACGGUCACCAGCACCUACGACUACUGCGACCUGUAA